AUGUUACUUAAAGUUAUUAACGCUAUAAUCCUAUUAUAUAUAGCUGUGCUGCAAUGUGCAGGUCAACAUCCAUGUAGAUGUAAGCAGGGACAGCAUGGCGAGAAAUUCAAUAGUUUGACAGGAUUGGAAUGCAAUCAGAAGCAACGCGAAUUAGGACAGAUAAAGCAGAGCGACUUGCUGAACGAGAUAUUCAAUAAAUUGACCGAUUUGGAGAGCAAUAUUGAUAUAUACAGAUCGGAACAGAAGAGGCAGAGCGAAUUGCUAAAUAAUGUGCUGAGCAGAGUCAAUGAGUCGACAAGGGAACUAGACAAGCUCUCUGAUUUGAUGUCUAAGCUGAUGAGUAAAGUCAAUGGAUCAACAACAGAACUGAAUAGUCAGAGUGAAUUGAUGGACAAAUUCAAUGAGUUGAAUGAGAAACUCAACAAGUUGACAAGUUUGGAGAGCAGCUAUAUCGACACAUUCAGAUCAGAACAAAGAAGGCAGAGCGAUUUGCUGACUGAGCUGAUAGGUAAAAUCAACGGGUCGCCAACUGAACAGUUUGCCCAGAUUGAGAAUGAGAAUAGGGGAAGCGAUAUGCCGACAAGCCUGAAGCCAAUUCAGUAUUCGAAUAGCUGUGCGGAGGCAGCAGCUCUGAGUGAUCGUAGUGGCAUUUAUGAGAUCCUCGUGCCCAGCUACAGUCAGCAACCGUUUGAAGUUAGAUGCGAUGAGGUGACACAGGACGGCGGGUGGACAAUUGUGUUGAGACGUGUGGAUGGCAGUGUGGACUUCUAUCGCUACUGGGACGACUACAAGACGGGUUUCGGUGCGUUGACGGACGAGUUCUUCAUAGGUCUCGAGAAACUGUAUCAAAUGACCAAAGCCGGGGAUCAAGAAUUACUCGUAACCAUGGUGAACAUGAAUGGAGAAGAAAGGUAUGCAAAGUAUGAUCGAUUUGCAAUCGAAAGCGAACAGGAAGCGUACAAGCUGAGCACAUUGGGCAAAUACUCCGGAGAUGCGGGCGACUCCUUGCGAUUUCAUAGGGGUCAAAAGUUCACAACACGGGAUCGGGACAACGAUAAAGCUUCAUACAAUUGUGCUCAAAAAUGUCAGGCUGCCUGGUGGUACCACUCCUGUUACUACAGCAAUCUGAUGGGACAAUAUAACUGGAAAUCACGUGGCUUUGACUGGAAUGCCUUUACCAAGAAAAAGGGCACAUUAACAGGUGCCCAGAUGAUGAUAAGGCCGAGAAGAAAUUACAAUUUGAGAUUAGCGACAGUCGAAGACAACAUCGAAUCAUAAAUGUACAUGCUGUUCCAUUAGAGGACGUCUCAAGAUCUUAGGCCAAGGAUGUGUUCUAAUCUUGAAUACGUUUGAUCUGGAAUAAAUAGUCUUGAAUCAA